AUGGAUAAUGUAAUCGUUCAGGAAAGCGUUGUCACACACGCGUCGCGAUGCAAGAGCGAUGUCUUGCGAGUGGUCGUUACGGACGGUAGUUCCGACAUCGCGCUUGCCCUCAUCUACAGGAUACUCUCCGAUCAAGUGUUUGGAUCGGAUCAAUCGGUUUUCAUCAGUAUAUACGAGUUCCAGGACAGAGCGGUGUUUUUAGAAAGUGUCGCGAUUGAACUGACGUUGUGCAGUCCGAACCUGUUGCACGGCAUCACGUACAGCGAUAAUGCCUCGAUUGCAUUCAAGGAUGCUAACGUUGUGUUCUGCAUCGGUUCAGCGAGGGAGUACGCUUUCAACGAACAAGAGUACAAGGACCUGUUUUUUAAAGAAUACGUUCGCGUGGCAAAAGCUUACGGUGAAUUUAUAGAGGAGUAUGCGAACAGGGACGCCAGGAUCAUAGUGAUUGGAAACACGGCUGCUACAAUCAUAUCUUGCUACGCGAAAUCUAUUCCCCGGAAAAACAUAACUACAUUGGCGUUGUUCAAUGCGCAAAUCGCUGCUGCACACAUUUCGGCUCGGGCAAACUGUCAUCCGGGAGAAAUUAAGAAUAUUAUACUAUGGGGCAACAACAACACGUACAACUUUCCGGAUUGCAGGUAUAUGUAUCUGACUAAUGGAAACCCAAUAACCGAUGAUCUGAAAGUGUGGCUGCGAAACGAUCUUCCGACGAUUAUGCAAAGUUUGCUUAGUAGACCUAGAUACUUGAGAUCCAUGGCGUAUUCAUUGGCGGAGCACUGUAAAAUAUUAUGGAACGGCACACCCGACAAUGAAUGGGUCUGUAUGGGUGUGCUGUCGGAUCAUUCUUACGACAUUCCAGCUGGGAUGUUCUUCUCGUAUCCUGUAUUCUGUAAAGAUAGGAACUACGAUAUCGUUCAGGGCCUCGUCGACGACAAAUACGUUGGCAGGUAUAUUCUGAGUAUCAGCAGACUGAUGACAAGAGACGUCGCUGCCGCGUUGAAACUGUGCGGUUUGAACAACUUUUAA